CCCAGCGCUAAAGCCGUUGGAACGCACCGAGCUAUGCGAAGAGUGGACCCUACGUGCUAACCACACGGCCUACCUACCUAACUCUACCUAUCGCACACGGCAGUCGUCGUCGUCCACUCCACCUCCGCACUCUACUCUUCGGCGCCCCUCCUCACUGAAAGUGCCCUUUCCCAUACUCCAGCACAUCCCCACACCGUGGGGUUAUUUACUAGCCAUGGCAACUCGAAGAAAGAUCCUCAAAGUGAUAAUCCUCGGCGACAGCGGCGUCGGGAAGACCUCGCUCAUGAACCAAUACGUCAACAAGAAGUUCUCGCCAUCAUACAAAGCGACGAUCGGCGCCGACUUCCUGACGAAAGAAGUGAUCCUCGACGACCGCAGCGUCACCCUGACCAUCUGGGAUACAGCGGGCCAGGAGCGCUUCCAAUCGCUCGGGGUAGCGUUCUACCGCGGCGCGGACUGCUGCGUCCUCGUCUACGACGUCAACUCCGCCGCCUCGUUCGAGCACAUCAAUAGCUGGCGCGACGAAUUCCUCAUCCAGGCGUCGCCCCGCGACCCAGAGAGCUUCCCGUUCGUCAUGCUCGCAAACAAGAUCGAUCUCGGCGAGGGAAAGAGACAGGUCCCCCGCAAGCGCGCCCUCGCUUACUGCCAUCAGAAGGGCCAGCUGCCGUACUUUGAGUGCUCUGCGAAGGAGGGCGAGGGCGUCGAACAGGCUUUCGAAGCUAUCGCGAGAAAUGCCCUGGCACAGCAGGAGAGCGAGAUGACGGAUAUCUUGGACGACCCAUUCAUCCCCGGCAUCAUCGAGGAUCGGUCCGGGUGCGCGUGCUGAACGUGGGAGGGAGAGUCGACCGUUCUGGUUCCAUGUAGGUGUGAUGAUACCGUUUC